GCAGGAAAAUGAAAGAAAAUUAUGCAUAAAAAUAAACACUGAAGGUUACCAAGAAAUCGGUCGGAUGUGUUAUGUUAGAUAUGAGCCAAUAAUGUACAUCAUUACAUUCCUCCUGCAAAUCAUGAUAUCAAAUACAAGAACGGACGACAUCCCUAUUUAUAACAUACAGCAAGUUGGCCACAUGAAGCAGUAUCCAAUAGUCACGAGUUUCGAGCGAUUUAACAAACAUUAUUGUUUAUUGAACAACAAGUGGGUGAAAUGCUCCACAGUCAAAGUAUAUAACACAAUGAAUACCCUGACCACAACAGUCUACGAAGAGACUUUGGCGCCUCUUCAUAAUCCACAUAGAAUACGUGAACAUAACCCCAAUAUGAAAUCAUUGUAUAAUGACGCUCAACCGGUGCAUAAAUGGUAUUACGUGAAGCGUUUCCCAGGUGUCCAUGGCAGGCCCACCGGGUAUCCUAUCGUGAUCCGUCACCCCGGGUAUACGAGCUCCGUGUUUCAGAUCCAAAGACCUGAUCAAAAGCCAAAUAUGAACAACGCGUUAACUAUACCCCACAAAAACUCGCAUGCUGCACACGGAGUGGUGACACCGGCGCCGGCGCAUGCUACGCAGGUUAAUAUUCCGAGUGCUGUUGCUUACACCCCAUUGAAACUGAAGCCGCCAACGACGGAAGGUGUUCAUAUCGCUCUACAACAUUUAAUACUGCCCAAAAAUAUGACGUCCAUCGAAAAAUUUCCAGAAACCUUAGAUACAUUUGAGAGACAAUUUUAUAUGAUAACUUUUACGAAGCUAACAACCAUAAGUCCAGCUGAUCGACAAGAAAACGGGAUGAGCUUCGUCCAGUCCGGCUUCUUCCUGCUGCUGACCCUCAUGGCCCUCUCCACAGAAGUCGAUUCUAUUACUAAGGGCGAAAUCGAGAAAUGUAUUGGAUACAAUAUUCCAGAUAUGGAAAUUUUAGGUGUGGUGAGACAUUUUUUAUCGACGUUACCUGAACCUUCGGACAAAUUAAAGUUGAGGCAUUCAUCGCGGCUCAUACUGUGGCCCGGGACUGAGGUAAAGCCGCAGUUUAGAGCCAACGCGGCCUCAGCGCUAAUGCUCCACAUAGACAAGUUCAACGGCACGGAAACACCCGAACAAAUAACUUACGAACUAAACCACCAGGUGGAAAUGGACUCCGGCGGUGCAAUCCGCGACACAUUCGACGAGGAAGACGUGUCAGGGGGCGUGACCGCGGUGUUCAUCACGACGCUGUACGUGCGCGGCAGCUGGCGGACCGCACCCACUGUGCUUAACGGAUCCCGACUCUUCCACGACCAUGAGGACGCCCCCAAGCGCACAGUCCGCAUGAUCAAGAUCAACGACAUCAUGUCCUACGCAGAUCUCAAGGAAUGGGAUGCUCAGGCUUUAGAAAUAUAUUACGCAACACCUGGGCUCAGUCUCCUCAUGUUGAUUCCUCGCGGUAAUACGCUGCGUGGCUUGGUGCAGCACCUGAACAGCUCCAGCAUCGGAGACAUUACUGCCAAGAUGAAGACUAUGAGAGUGGCGGCCACGGUGCCGCUCUACACUCUACGAAUGACUCUUCUAUUACCCAAUAAGUUGCAGGCUAUGGGAAUACCCAGUUUGGUGGAUGUAAGCAACUACAAGCCAGGCAAUCCGCUGCGAUUGUCGCACGCAGUGCAACGGAUCAUGUUCUGGGCAGAGGCCGGACGCAACGCAUACAAGGACGACGGUAUUGAAUGGGACCAAACUCCAGACCUAGAAGUCGUCGCGGAUAGACCGUACAUAUUUUUCGUGCGCUGGCGUAAUCUCACCCUAUUAAAUGGAAAUUUUGUAUUGUAAAUAACAAAAACCACUA